UUUUUUUGAUUAAUUUAGGAUUACCAACAAAUGUUAAAUUGGCCAUAUAUAUUGAAGGUAUAGGAUCAUUCCGAACCCACACGAUGGACUUUCAAUUGGAUGUAUAUCUACAGCAAUUUUGGAAGGAUCCUAGAUUGGCUCAUAACGAAAAAAGUCGAAUUCUUAUUCGUGACCGAGCAAUUCUCAAUCGGAUUUGGCAUCCAGAUGUUUAUUUUGCAAAUGCACGUAUCGCUCAAUUUCAUGAGGUUACGCAACCCAACUUUUUACUUUGGAUUGAUCCUGAUGGGUCAAUCCUUUACGAUACACGUGUUUCUAUGGUUGUAAUUUGUGCUAUGAACCUCAAGAAUUUCCCCUUAGAUUCACAGUGGUGUCAUCUACGAAUUCUUAGCUACGCAUAUGACAUUCAUCAUUUAAAAAUCGAAUGGGUUGAUCAGGAACCGAUUACCAAAAAUGUGAAUAUAACUAUGAGCGAUAUGGAUAUCGUUAAACUUGUCCCAGGAACUUGUGAUGGAAAUUAUAGUACAGGCGUUUGGAGUUGCGUUACUGCAGAAUUUUUUGUGUCGCGAGAAUUAACUCAUCAUAUCUUACAAACAUAUGUGCCAACAACAUUAAUUGUUGUCAUCAGCUGGUUCAGUUUUUGGCUUGAUGUAGAAGUAACUUUAUAUUUCUAA